AGGAGUAAGCAGCACUACAACAAGUUUAACCACGAAAAUGUGCAACAUAACAAUACUUUGUCAGGGAUAAUUCAGCUUAGUGUGAAUGUUGUGUGUUUGUCUUCAGUUUUCUGGCUCUACGUGGAAACGUGUUGACAGUUAUUCCGCCGCUCGCUAGAUGAUGCUGCAGCCUCUUUGUAUCACAACACCGGGCAGCCGCUCGCAGGAAAGCGCAGGACAUGAAUCCCUCCCGUUGUCUUCUGGUUCUGUUAUUGUGACGUUGAAACUGUUCUUGUGUGAUAGUUGUUUCGAUACAGCCCACACUUUCUUGAUAAGAAUGAGCACGAUGUCUCUGUGAUGUGCCAAAGAAUGAAAACCCCUGCUCUGUCACUAUGGUUGUAGAUAGCACCACGCUGGAUAAAGCCAGUGAUAAAGGCCAGCAGACUGGGCACUGCUCAGACUGUGGGUGCAGUUUCAGCCUACCACAGCCUGACCCUGACCCUGACCCUGAUCAAGCCAGCGACUCUUCCCCUCCUAAACAGCAGUGUGUGCUCAAAGCAGACACUCCCUCCAAAUGUCCCUCCUGCCAGGCGGGCAGCAGCCUCCCUAAUGGUCGACGGCCACACCGGCGCAUACGCCUGGACCCUCACAGCUGCAGCCUGUGCAAUAAAACCUUCAUCUCCUCUGCCCACCUGACCCUUCACCUCACCUCUCACAACAAGGAGAGGAAGUUCAGAUGCAGCACUUGUGGCAAGUACUUUCAUCAGUCCGCCCACCUGAUGGCACACAAGAUAAUCCACAGUGGGGACAGGCCAUUUAAAUGCCCCGAGUGUGGUAAGACGUUCGGCCGUGCCUCUCAUCUGAAGACCCACCGCCGGCUCCACACAGGCGAGAAGCCCUUCAAGUGCACCUACUGUGACAAGUCGUUCACCCAGAAGGCUGGGCUCCUGGCACACGUUCGUCUACACACAGGGGAGCAGCCAUACAAGUGUGAGCAGUGUGGGGAGGGUUUUCGCUCUUUGCCACUCCUGCUCUCUCACAAAGCUGCAGAAUCCUCUGGACAGGCCAAACCGGUGUCUGCUCCAGCACUAAACCAGCCCCAGACAACACAAGGUAGCCCAGAGGAUCUGAAGUGUGGUGUCUGCUGCCGCACCUUUGUUCGAUCAUCGUACAUCAGGCUGCACAUACGCCUCAAGAAAGGACAGCGACCUUAUCACUGCAAAGUGUGCAACAAGACCUUUGUCAAGCUGGACACGUUUGUUAACCACUGUGAUAAACACUUGAGGCAGAAAAAGGAUAAAAGCAAGGAGGUUAAAGUAAAAGUUGUUAAACCUCCCCUGUUUGUUCCACUCUCCAGGCCUCCUUCCCCUGAAUCCAUAGCUGCUCAGCCUUUAUCCUCAGAGGUCAACACGCGCUCCAGAUCAAAAGCAAAGAGUAAAACAGAGCAAUGACCAAGAAGGGUGCAUCCACUGACAUAAAAAUGGUCUUUAAUUAAGAAAUGUGUUAUGACAGUUCUGCUACUGCACAUAAUAACAAAUGCAGGACAGUAGUGUCAUGUCCCCCAAACAUAGCAAUGUGAGUUUACUAAUUGUACAGUUAUUUUAUUUGGAAUAAUUAAUUUUAUUGUGGACAAUUCAUUAUUGUAAAUUAUUGUUUUUAAUGUAUACUUAGCUAUAAUUAGCUCCUAAGGCUAAUUGAUAUUUGUAACAGCAACAUUUCAGUGACAUACGAUGCUCACUCUAAUCUUAAUAUAGAAAAGAAUAUGAUAUCUCUAACCAUUGUACUUCAUGGUUAAAUUGUUGUUUUCUUAAAUCCAUAAGUCUAUUGGCAUGUAUAGCACUCAUACAAAUUACAGACAAUGCAAACUAAAUGUCUAUUGUGGAACAAUAUGCACAUAGAAUAAAAAUAAACACUAAAACAUAGUGUGGUGGACUUAAACAAUUCUUUUGUUGCACCUGAGAGCACAAAUAUCUGUUUAAACAUGUUUUGUUUCAGUUGUUAAGCAUUGUCGUCACAACACUGUCGUCUAUAAAACCUAUUUUCCCCACUGAGCCCAAUAAGUGUUUAAGUUGAAGUUAAAGUAGUGCUCCACAGUUCAUAUUAAGCAUGUCAAUUCUUUCCUGCUAACCUGCUCGUACUACAUUAAUCAUGGUUUGUUGAAUCACCUGGGCCUGUAGUUAACCGGCGUACCACAAUACGAGUACAUAUCCUCCCAGAUGAGGGAUCGUCACGUUCAUUGUAAUAUGAAUGACACACUCCAUUACAGGUCAGCAGCAGCUCACAGCUGAUCCCUCACUGAUGCUAAACUUGACAGAGGUUGCAUUAGAGUGGUUUUCUGUGGAUCUCCACCGCUGAUGGA